AUGUCGCAUUCGUCAGAAGAACCAAUGCCGCCCAAACGUGGGCCAUCUUCUUAUCGCCGUACGGAUGGCAUGCCCGAGCGUGUCAAAGAGAAUGUCAAAGUUCCCGAGUCAAUACCUUACUCAAGCCCAGCCUCCGAGUUCAUCUAUGGGACGAGCGCGGUGGAAGCGGCGCUCAGAUGUGGCAGGCGGAAAUUAUACAAGCUGUACCUCUACCAACGAGCGGGUGAAGAUCUCGGUCCAGCGAAGGCAGCCCUGCGAAAGCUGGCCCUUUCGAAGAACAUCGAGAUCAAAUUGGCUUUCGCUGGCUGGGACCGGCUGAUGGACAAGAUGGCCGCUGGACGUCCGCAUAAUGGGUGUGUUCUUGAAGCCUCGCCUUUACCUAGACUUCCCAUCCGUGGUCUUCAUGAGGUCACUUCUAUCUCGGAGAGUUACUUCCGCAUUGAACUCGCGGCCCAGUCACGUGAAGAAGCUGCUGUCAAUGGGACUGUUGACCACAUCCCUAUCCUACAUUCUCAGGAUUCUCGCUCUGGCCGAGGUUCCCACAGAUACCCUGUUGUGCUAUUGUUAGAUGGAGUUGUGGAUUCAGGAAACAUCGGUGCUAUUAUUCGCUCUGCGUACUAUCUCGGCAUCGACGCUAUCAUCUUUGCCGGGCGGCAGUCAGCUCCUCUCUCCCCUGUGACCAUCAAGGCCUCGGCCGGCGCAGCAGAGAAUAUGGCCCUGCUACACGCCCCCAAUGAGGUGGAUUUCAUCAAACGCUCCAAAGAGAAUGGAUGGCGUUUCUACGCUGCCGACGCUCCCGGCCCAGGUGCAACAUAUCUCGAUCGCUCAACAACAGAAGGCGAAGAAGUGCUGCCUACGCUGCAUUCGCCGAGUGUGAUCAUGAUGGGAAGCGAGGCAACCGGACUGAACACUCAUAUCAAGUCGCACGCCGAUUCGAUCGUCAGCAUCCCUGGAGCUCGCCACAGCGCCCACCUGGGCGUAGAGGCGGAUCCUGCCCGUAUUGACAGUCUCAAUGUCAGCGUUGCCGCGGCCCUCUUGAUGGAAAUGUUUUUGCGGACACCACUGGCCAUGUCUGCGCCCAUCAGAAAGAGUAAGGACCGAGUCUGGUAG